CAUUUCUUUUCUUGACCUUGAAUUGGAGUUAAAAGGAAUACAAAAUAGACUGUGCUUAAUGCUGUCAUUUAUUUUCCUGGUUCUCGCUCUUUGUUCAACAGUAUAGUCUAUAUCAAUCCAAUUUCGUCACAUUUUGUCUUAAUUGCAUAUGUUGCAUAUAUGAAAAUGGAUUUAACAAUGUUAUUUUGACCGUCUUGAAACCAAUUUCAAGUCCUUGUUCUAGGUGUCGCUGUUGACCACGUCUACAACUUCAAAUCGCGUGUCAAUGCGCCCACGUGACGGGGAAGAGCCUACGUCUCAAGGCCAUUUUCAAAUUUCAUUGGUGAGAGUGUCAUGUGGUUGCAGAGAGACUCUCUGGGUUAUACAGGGAUUGUUUUGCUAGAUAUGUCAGCUUACAGAGGACACUUCUCAGCUUCUUUAAAAAAUACUCUCCAAAAUGUCCUUUCCCAACAGCUCUCCUGCUGCAAACACGUUUUUGGUAGAUUCCUUGAUUGGGGAGUGCAGAACAGAUUUUUAUUCCAGCAGUAACAUGUACAUGCCAGCCACUGCAGAAAUGGGAACCUAUGGAAUGCAAACCUGUGGACUCCUGCCGUCUCUUGGCAAACGGGGGGAAGUAAACCACCAAAACAUGGGCAUGAACGUCCACUCGUACAUACCUCAAACUGAUAACUGGGCAGAUCCAACCAGGUCCUGCCGAUUAGAGCAACCGCUCAACCAGAUGUCCACCUGCACAUUUUCACAAAGCAUAAAAGAAGAAACUAACUGUUGUAUGUAUUCCGACAAGAGAGCAAAGGUCAGUUCGUCCGAGAUACCCGCGUACUCCAACCUGAUUCCCGAAACAUGUUCCGUUGAUAGUCCCGAGAUUCCUGUCCCUGGAUAUUUUAGACUAAGUCAAACUUAUGCGACGGCGAAAAACCCGGACUUUGACAGCGAGACGAUGAGCCCGAGCACUACGUUAAUGCAGCUGAACAGGGUAACUCCAAAAGCGCAGUCAACGCCCUUUGUCGAGGUGGAAAAGAAGCUUCCGCACGAUCGGGACACAAGGAGCUCUUCCCCGGCGCGGAGUCCAGAGCCCAAAGUCAGCACGCUGGAGGAGAAGAAUUGCUCAACUGAGGCGUCUGUCUCCAGCCCUGAAUUGCCACAAAGAGAAGGCAAAGAGUCUAAAAACGACACACCGACGAGCAACUGGUUAACCGCGAAGAGUGGAAGGAAAAAAAGAUGUCCGUACACAAAGCACCAGACCUUGGAAUUAGAAAAAGAGUUUUUAUUCAACAUGUACCUGACUCGGGAGCGCCGUCUAGAGAUAAGCAAAAGCGUCAACCUCACUGACAGACAAGUGAAAAUCUGGUUCCAAAACCGCAGGAUGAAACUUAAGAAGAUGAGUAGAGAAAACCGUAUUCGUGAACUCACAUCCAAUCUCACUUUUUCGUGAGCAUGCAAACAAGAGCAUUUCAAAAACUUACCUCCCCGUUUCGGUCCAUCUGUGUUCUCCUGUAUAAUAUUGACAUGAGGGCAGUGUGCAUUGUUUUGGCUACUUUCACGUUCCAGUGUUGUGAUCGUUGCUAAAUCUUUAUCAUUUGUUGCUACAUAUUUGAUUGCAUUUGAAAUGUGAAGCCUUGUGUAUUUCAAUAUGUUUCACAGGGUAUAAAAGUGGUGUUAGGUCUUAACGUAUAUAAUAAAAUCGAAACAAGACUGUUCCCAGCGGUUUGAUUUCAGCAGGGACAGAGCAAAAAUGUCGCAGAAACAUUUGCGCCAAAAAAAGGACAUGAAAGCACAUUUGAAAGUAAAGGUCACCCAUUCUUUCUCCAGUGAAAACGUACAUUUAUCUGAAAUAAUUACGUAUAAAGGUUUCUGUAUACUAGGUGUUUAAAUGUCUGUAUCAGUGCAUGUUUGUGGCAUGUGGUCA